CGUACUUAAGCUACCUCCCAUCCUUUCUUCGACUAUCUUGAGGGCACUGCGAAUUUCGGAAAGGUCCCCAAGGAAGAUGGCGCGUUACUCUUGGCUCAUUUUGCUGGCCCAGCUGCUUCUCGAGGGCAGUACACCAGUACUCGGCCAGAAUACGAGCACAGAUAUCUUUCAGUACAUCGACUCUCUGAUUGGGACGACUAAUGGAGGUCAUGUGUUCCCCGGAGCCACUCUGCCAUUUGGUAUGGCCAAAGCCGUCCCGGACGUAAAUAGUGACGAGAGGCAGGGAGGGUAUGCAUCUGAUGAUGGCGAAAUCUCUGGUUUCUCGCACAUGCACGACAGCGGCACAGGCGGAGGACAAGGCAAAGGCAAUUUCCCACUAUUUCCUCAGACAGGCUGCCCCGACGACGACAUUUACCAGUGUGAUUUUCCAAAGGCGCUCCGGGCAGUCAAACGAGUCAACGAAUCGGUUCAGGCUAGCCCAGGCUACUUUGCUCUGACACUGAACACCUCCAUCCACACGGAGAUGACAGUGUCCAACCGCACCGCCCUCUACCGCAUCAAGUUCCCAGGGCCAUCGUCUAAUGAAUCAGCCACCUCUCUGCCUUACAGUCCCCUCAUCCUGGUCGACCUUACAGAUCUAUCCGAUAGCCGCAGCAACGGCAGCAUAAGCGUCGACCCCAGUACCGGCCGUAUAGUCGGCAACGGGACUUUCGGCCCGUCCUUUGGCGACGGGAGUUACGACCUGCACUUCUGCGCGGACUUCCAGGGCGCAUCCAUCCGUGAUACGGGCAUCUUCCAGAACAAUCGCCCCGGCCGUGAGCCAAAGUCGCUGCGCACGUACGGCACCGGUUCCACGAGCCCGAUCCCAGGCGGGGCAUGGGUGCAGUUUCACCCGCCGGACGAGGCCGACCAGAUUCAGGUCAGGGUCGGGCUGAGUUACAUUAGCGUGGACCGGGCGUGCCAAAAUGCCGAGUCGGAGAUCCCUGGGGACUUUGACUUUGAUGGCACGAAAGCCGCCGCGGAGGCGGCGUGGAGAACGAAGCUGGGCGUUGUAUCGGUGGAUCCGACCGGUGUCAACAGCACUUUUCUUACGACAUUCUGGUCCGGCCUGUAUCGAACAUUUAUCUCGCCGCAGGAUGUGACAGGCGAGAACCCGCUGUGGGAGAGCUCUGAGCCAUACUAUGACUCCUUCUAUUGUAUUUGGGAUUCAUAUCGGAGCAUUCAUCCUCUCAUCACCCUUCUUGACCCUCUCAGUCAGACACUCAUGAUACGGAGUCUCAUCGACAUAUACCGCUUUGAAGGCUGGCUGCCCGACUGCCGAAUGGAUUUGUGCAAGGGAUUCACACAGGGCGGUUCCAACGCAGAUGUGGUCCUUGCGGAUACGUUCGUGAAAGGCUUCACGGACGGCAUAGACUGGGAGGCAGGAUAUGAGGCUGUCGUUCAGGAUGCGGAAGUCGAGCCUCCCAAAUGGUCCGUUGAAGGCCGCGGUGGCCUCGCCAGUUGGAAGAGUUUGAACUACAUCCCCGCCGACGACUUCGAUCCGUACGGUGUUGGGCCAUUCACGAGGUCCAUUUCACGAACUGUGGAAUAUGCAUACAACGACUUUGUCAUUGCUUUGAUGGCGAAGGGGCUCAACAAGACAGCUGACGCAGAGAAGUACAUUGAAAGAUCCGGAUACUGGGUGAACCUGUACAAGGAAGACCAGACGUCGUUUCUCAACAUCUCACAGGACCAAAGUCCUUGGGUAGACAGCGGCUACAACGGAUUUCUAAUGCCAAAGUAUUUGAACGGCACGUUUGGGUUCCAGGAUCCGUCACUGUGCUCCCUACUCUACAACUUUACUUCUUGCUACCUGAAUGCCAACGGACACGAAACAUACGAGGGCAGCUCAUGGCUAUAUACAUUCUACGUCCCCCAGGACAUGGCUACCUUGAUUACCACCCUGGGGGGGCCCGAGAGGUUCGUCUCUCGGCUGCAAUACUUCCUCGAAACCCCAGGUCUGAACUACAUCGGUGACGAGCAAUCCUUCCUGCCCACGUACCUGUUCCACUAUGCUGGCCGGCCAGGACUGUCUUCGUACUACCGGCAUUUCUAUAUCCCCAGCCAGUUCAAUGAGUCUAUCAACGGCAUCCCUGGGAAUGACGACAGCGGUGCCAUGGGCAGUUUCAUAGGCCUGACCAUGAUGGGUCUGUGGCCAGUCAGCGGGCAAGACGUCUAUCUCAUCACGCCGCCCUUCUUCCGAGAGGUCAACAUCACAAAUCCGAUGACAGGCAACGUCGCCACGGUCCGGAAUGUCAACUUUGAUGGGGACAGCUACCAGAACAUCUACGUGCAGAGCGCCAAGUUGAAUGGGCAGUCGUACACCAAGAACUGGAUCUCACAUUCUUUCUACAGGGAUGGUGGCGUGUUGGAGCUAACGCUGGGUGCCAACGAGAGUAGCUGGGGGGUGGGGCACGAGGACCUGCCCCCAAGUAUUUCCUCGGGGUAUUUCACUUGAUGCAGAGCACGCAUUCAGCGGUAACCAGAAAAUUGAAAUACAUAUGUGCAGGGUCUACCCAAAUAUAGAUCUUCGCCGGGCACUGCG